AUGGGCCUCUGCGCGCCCAUAAGCUCCUCCGCACUGUCAUUACAGAAUCCCGCUAAGCAUCGCGCCAACACGAAUAAACAAGAUCAAGAACCAGAACCACACCCCCCUCUCUCCCCCUUGAACCACGGUCGCCUGCAUGGCGAUGUGGCUGAUUUACGCCCCUUCCCCGCUAUCACCGACACCGACAGCCCCUUCUCUGCUCUCAUUAACUCCUUCAUAAUUCAUCGCCAGCAUAACGAACGCCAGUGUCAGCCCGUCGAGAUCGGCCACGGAACUCCCAAUACGAUCUCCGCGGUAGACUUCAUAGCCCGCAGCUAG